AUGAAGCCCUCCCUCGGCGAGCGCGAAGCCAUGGGCCCUCCGCGGGGGACUCGUAUCGGACCACCAAUGAUCGAGAAGGCUUCGACACAUACGCCCCCGCAUCUCGUCGGGGUCGUGAACGACAACAUGCCUACCACCCGCCCCGAACAAGCGAGACAAGACGCGCCAAAUACCCUGACUAUGACCCAGAAAUGCGCCCCAGUAAUACGCGCCGCUCCCGUUAUGCCGACUAUGAUUCAGAGCCUCAGAUCAGCGAUAGGAGAAGGUCACGUCACGCAGAGGAUGACGGCGCUGUUCCGCGUAGGGCUAGCGCGACAUAUCGUGCUCGCCAUUCAGACUACCAGACCGAACCCCAUCGACGCUCUGCAGAACAUGCGGCCCCGGGCCGCGGUAAUGGGAAAAAUGACUCGCCAGGCCGCUUUGUCCCACCAGGGCAGGAACGCUCCGCAAGGGGUCGGUCUGUGCCCAGGAAUCCUGCCAUAG